GUGAGAAGCACCGUCUGGUUGUGUUUGAUAAGAUUUCAGCUCUCGCGAAAUACAAUGGCGUCUGACGGUGUUGGAAAAUCUGUGACAUUUCUGACCAUCUUUGUUGUCCUCAACACCAUCGCCCUGGUCGUUGUCUCCAUCCUGCAGUGCAGCAACAUCAACAGCCUCGAGCUUCAAGAUUCAGAUCUUCAAAGUAGCCUUGAGUCACUACUGCAGAACGGUGAGCAUGGUUUUAGCCUCGUGUUUGAACUGUCGUCUAGUGUGAAGCGUGAUGCGGCGCAGUCCCUCGCCCGCAGCAGGAAAUCAGGCCUUGAGGAUGUCUUCCUGAGUCUCCUGAAGACGGAAGAAGCUGUCAUCGAGCGACACUGCAAGAACACCACCAAGGUGUGCAAGAAGGGUCAGAAGGGGGCGACGGGGACACCUGGACAGCAAGGGGUCAAGGGUGACCAGGGAGUAUCCGGAGUGAAGGGGGACCGAGGAUACCAAGGUCCAGAGGGAGGAAAGGGCAACGCGGGGCCGCCGGGGGAAGCAGGCGUUGUGGGGGCAACAGGUCCUAUAGGAUCCCCCGGGACUGCCGGGCUGCAGGGGGAGAAGGGGGACCCAGGCUUGAAGGGAGUGAGGGGACGGAAGGGAGAGGAUGGAAGCCCGGGGGUGAAGGGAGACGCAGGGGAGAGGGGAGCACCAGGAGCCACGGGCAAGGCUGGCUCUAAAGGCGAGAGGGGACCGGAAGGAGUUGAAGGCAACAUGGGCGUGGUUGGUGUGAAAGGUGAGCCAGGGGACGUGGGUGCGAGGGGCGCGGACGCCGACAAGCUGAACCCAGGGUGCGAGUGCCUCAAGAAGCCAACUAUCUCCGGACCUGCCAGUGAGACGCUUGUAGUUCCGUACGGCUCAGCAGCCACCCUUAACUGCAGCUCUAGCGGAAUCCCCCCGCCAGCCAUCUCUUGGGUGGGCAAUGGAAUCCGUGGUCCAUCUUACACCAUACCCAUUACGACGUCAUUCGACUAUAAAACGUACCAGUGUGUCGCAUCGAAUAUUUUUGGUACGGACACGAAAAAUAUCACGGUUAGUCGCUCUUAAUACUGACUUGUGAACCUAACGAUUGUAAUAAAGAGUCUGAUCAAUG